AUAUCUCGACGCCGACGUUGGCCAGCCAGAGUUUACAAUCCCAGGAUGCUUAUCACUUCACGUUCUUGAAGAACCGAUCACUGGCUCUCCCGUCUCACACCUACGUGUCCCGCAAAGGUGCUUCUUCUACGGUGACAUAACUCCACAAUCGGAUCCAAAGGCAUAUGUCAAAUACUUCAAGGAUCUUUACGACUCUUUUCGACGGGCCGCUCUUGAGAUUCCGCUGGUCAUCAACUCGCUUGGAUGGCGGGCAGGUCCAGGAUUUUUCUCGCUUGUCAUGUAUUCUAACUUUGCGUUCCAAAGGUGUCGGAUACGACCUCUUGGUUGAUAUACUGCGUUAUUCGACGCCCACGCAUGUGGUAGAGAUCCACUCUGCAGACCAUGAGAGUGUUCCGCCGCUGCCUGAUGGCAUUGCCUCCGUCCUUCAUCUAGAACGCGCUUUCUCCUGCUCGACUGAGCCUGACCGUGCUGUCAGGACGGCUGCUCAGCUUAGAGCUCUCAGAGUGGUGCAUUACUUCCAUGAUUACGAUAGAAUCGAUUCUUCGCUUGGCCUUCGAUUUGAGGAAGUUGCAAGAACACUAGCCUGCCAGGGUCCUUAUCAAGUUUCAGCGGAUGAUCUCAACAUCGUGCAUCUUCAUGUCCAGGUCCCACUAUCUCAGAAGUUGUUCGGCUUGAAUGCUCAACUUGUUGGUUUGGCUACCAGCUCUCACACUGGAGAAGAGCAACCCCCAUGCGUUGGUUUCGGUAUUGUCCGGGCUAUCGAUGCUGACCGGCGCAUCUUGUACAUUCUUACGCCAUGCUCGCCAAACGUCCUCGAGGGAGUGGACACUAUACUGCAAGGUCGCGUGGACGUUCCUGCUACUCUACUACAGGUGGAAGGAUACAUGUGCCCCUAUCUGAGCACAAGUCAAGUAGUUGAAGGCACCGGCUCAUCUAUUUUACGAAGACGACUGCCCAAGAGGAAGAUUUCUUUGUCAUGAUCGUUGUUAUCUCACCGCUGCGAGUGUAUUCUUUACCUUUGGAAUACUAAACGAGGCUGAGAAAAAGCUAGUGUUUGUGGCA